AUGAUGUCAUCCAGCGCUCCUGGGCUGGUCGACCCCGCACUGUCGAAGAUGCUGGAGCUGUGCCCCAGCGCACUGCUCAGCUGUGACGACGGCACCAGCCUGCCAGUUAGCCGCGAGCUACUCAUGAUCGCAUCGCCCAUGCUGCGCGACAUGCUGGCCUCCGCGCACCUCGACGCCGCGCCAGGUGGCGCCUCGAUAAUCCCCCUGCCGGGCGACAAGCGCAAGGACUGGCUGCUGUCGCUGCCGUUCCUCUACCACCACGCCCCUGAUGUCACGUGGGACAGCGUGGAGGCCCUCACCGAGCUGUGCAUCAAGUACGACCUCCAGGGCCUGCGCCCCUUCCUGGACAGGUUCUUGUGGGCGUCAGCAGCCACCCUAAGCGGGCAGGUCCCGCCUGGCUCGCCCACAACCCGCAAACUCAGCGUUGCGGCGGUGGGCGAGGCAAGCGCAGUGGGUCAGUGGUCCGUCUGGCGGUGGCUGGUGCUGGCGGCGCGCUGCAAGCUCAGCGCAAGUGUGGAGGCGUUCUGCCAUCUGAUUGUGCGAUGCGGACUUGCGGUGCCAAAGGACUUUGACCUGGGGCUUGCAGGGCAGCCACUGGCCGUCAAGCUGGCCCACAAGCUUUCAACUAGCUACUAA